UGUAAACGGAAACAAACCAUGUGCUAACAUGGCGAUUUUCAAUCAUUCUUCGCUAGUCGUUUGAUAAAUUAUUGCGUGGCUGAUAUGGGAAUUUCCUUUAUUAGGCCAACAUUUAUUGUUUUUGACAUAUUUUCUUUGUUUUAUGAAAAAUAAUUACAUUACGCGAGUAUGAGUGUCGACGCGUACGGUCCAAGCUCUCAAACGCUCACGUUUCUAGAUACCGAGGAAGCUGAUCUUAUCGGAGCUGAUACCCAAGGCUCAGAGUUUGAGUUCACUGACUUUACUCUACCUUCUCAAAGCCAAACCCAAACAUCGCAGCAUGAUCAUGGCUUGACAUCUUCCAAUCAGGUCAAUGGUUUGGGCCGUUCUGAAUUGACUUCUAAAGUAUCCAGCGUUACAAAUGCAAUAGCAGAGUUGCAAUUUGAGGAAGAAGAUGAAGCUCUCUAUAGCAGCAAAGAGCUCCCUGACCAUGCUUGCAAGUACUGCGGAAUUCAUGACCCCGCCACGGUCGUCAUGUGCAAUAUAUGUAAUAAAUGGUUCUGUAAUGGCCGUGGCAACACCUCUGGAUCCCACAUAAUCAAUCAUUUAGUCCGAGCAAAGCACAAGGAAGCUGCUCUGCACCGUGAUGGGCCUCUUGGAGAGACUUUGCUUGAAUGUUAUUCAUGUGGUGCUCGAAAUGUUUUUGUCCUUGGUUUCAUCCCUGCUAAAGCUGACUCUGUUGUUGUGCUAUUGUGCCGCCAACCCUGUGCUGCUCAAAGUUCUUUAAAAGAUAUGAACUGGGAUCAAGAACAAUGGAAACCUUUGAUUUCUGAUCGGGCUUUUCUAUCCUGGUUGGUCAAGGUUCCAUCAGAAGCUGAGCAAAUGAGAGCUCGUCAGGUGACGCCGCAACAAAUUGGGCGUCUGGAGGAGUUGUGGCGCGAUAACGUUGAUGCCACCUUCCAGGACCUUGAGAAGCCAGGGGUCGAUGAAGAGCCUCAGCAGGUUUUGUUGAGAUACGAGGAUGGAUACCAAUAUCAAAACAUCUUUGGACCACUUGUGAAAUUGGAGGCAGAUUACGAUAAACGUCUAAAGGAGUCCCAGACGCAAGAGGGCAUCGAGGUCCGCUGGGAUGUUGGGCUCAACAAGAAAACCAUUGCAUACUUCACUCUCGCCAAGACCGACAGUGAUAUGAAACUUAUGCAUGGAGAUGAAUUAAGAUUAAGAUACUCCGGGGAGCUGCACAAGGCGUGGGCGGGCGUGGGCCACGUGAUCAAGGUGCCGGACAACUACGGCGACGACGUCGGGCUCGAGCUCAAGAGCGGCGUGGGCGCGCCGCUCGACUGCACCGCCAACUUCAACGUCGACUUCAUCUGGAAGAGCACCAGCUUCGACAGGAUGCAACUAGCCCUACGCAAGUUCGCUGUUGACGACUCGUCAGUGUCGGGGUACAUCUACCGCCGGCUUCUGGGACACGAGGUCGAAGAAGUACUGUUCAGAGUGCAUUUGCCCAAACACUUCAGCGCACCGAACCUGCCUGACCUCAAUCGAUCACAGGUAUAUGCAGUGAAACACGCACUCCAACGUCCAUUGUCAUUGAUCCAAGGUCCGCCCGGGACUGGCAAGACUGUCACCUCCGCCACCAUCGUGUACCAGCUCGUGAGACAAAAUGGCGGACCCGUCCUCGUCUGUGCCCCAUCUAACACAGCCGUGGACCAACUCACGGAGAAGAUACACAGGACUGGCCUGAAAGUCGUUCGUCUGUGCGCAAAAUCCCGUGAGGCAAUGGAGUCUUCUGUCUCGUUCUUAGCCUUACAUGAACAAGCUCGCGUGCUCGGCUCAGCAGAUAGUGAACUAAGGAAAUUGACCAGAUUAAAAGAAGAGGCAGGCGAGUUAUCGGCCGCUGACGAAAGGAGAUACCGCGCUUUGCGAAGAGCUGCAGAAAGAAGACUAUUGGAUGCCGCUGACGUUGUGUGCACUACUUGCGUGGGCGCUGGAGACCCUAGAGUGGCUCGAAUGAGAUUCCAAUCCAUACUCAUUGAUGAGGGCAUGCAGUCUACUGAACCAGAAUGCAUGGUGCCUGUUGUGUUGGGGGCGAGGCAACUGAUUCUCGUCGGUGAUCAUUGCCAGUUGGGUCCAGUCGUUAUGUGCAAAAAAGCGGCCAAAGCUGGACUCAGUCAAAGUCUUUUCGAACGCUUGGUAGUUCUUGGCAUCCGUCCAUUCCGCCUCGAAGUCCAAUAUCGUAUGCAUCCGGAACUGUCUCGUUUCCCAUCCGAUUUCUUUUACGAGGGCUCGCUUCAAAAUGGAGUCAGUGCAGAAGAGAGACGCCUACUUAAAAUCGACUUCCCAUGGCCGCGACCCGAUCGCCCGAUGUUCUUCUAUGUGACGCAGGGUCAGGAAGAAAUCGCUGGUUCGGGAACAUCCUAUUUGAACAGAACAGAGGCUGCCAAUGUUGAAAAGCUGACGACUCGUUUUUUGAAAGCUGGAGUUAGGCCCGAACAGAUAGGAAUCAUCACGCCUUAUGAAGGACAACGCUCCUAUCUCGUCCAACAUAUGCAAUAUCAGGGAAGUCUACACGCCAAACUGUAUCAAGAGAUCGAAGUGGCCAGCGUCGACGCCUUCCAGGGGAGAGAGAAGGACAUCAUCAUCAUGUCGUGCGUGCGAUCCAACGAACACCAAGGAAUAGGAUUCCUGAGCGAUCCUCGUCGCUUAAACGUCGCCCUGACGCGCGCGAAAUACGGGCUCAUCGUCGUCGGCAACCCCAAGGUGCUCAGCAAGCAGCCGCUGUGGAACCAUCUGCUCGCGUUCUACAAGGAGCGGCGCGUGCUGACGGAGGGCCCGCUGUCCAACUUGAAGGAGUCGGCGAUCCAGUUCGCGAAGCCGAAGAAGCUGGUGAACGCGCAGAACCCGGGGUCGCACUUCAUGUCGACGUCGAUGUUCGACGCGCGCGAGGCGCUGGUGCCGGGCUCAGUGUACGACCGCGCGCGGCCGCCGCGGGACCCGCUGGCCUACGUGGGCCCGGCGCGGGCGCUGCUGGCCGGCGCCGUGCCCGCCGCCGCGUUCGCCGCGCAGCGCCCGCCGGCCGCCGCGCCGCCCGCGCACGCCGCGCCGCGCGCCAGGCGCCGCGCCGCGCGGCUCUCGCAGGAGCCGCUCUCGCAGCAAGCGCCGCUGUCGCUCUCGCAGUCGGCCUCGCAGCCGGACUUCAGCCAGGAGUCGCUGGCGCCCGACUGCCCGUCGCAGCCGGACGGGCUGCUGUCGCAGGACUCCACGUUCCAAGGCGGGUUCCGCGCGCGCUGCAGCCAGUACUGAGCGGCCGCCGCCGCCGCCGCCCGCCGCUCGUAGCCCGGGCCCGCCGCCACCGACCGCGGCCGGAGACCCGAGAGCCCGCCCAGAGGUAAAUUCAUCGUAUAUACAGGGAUAGAAAACGUAGUGCCGACGCGACUUCUGUGGGCAGGAAAUUGUCACCGAAAAGCUCCAACGUUAUCCGUGUCUACAGAUACCAUUCUGCGUGUUACGUCUGAGAAAAUAUGAAAUAACAUCUUCAUGAUUUAAAAUUCGAUUUGGAUUGUGACAUUCAUUUUUAACGACAGAAGUAAAUAUUGAAAAGAUUUAAAUUCACAGUAACCUCAUUGUUUUUCGUCAAUUAGAAAUUGUUUUAUUUUUAAUUCUCUGACGACUUUAACAUAAAAAGCGACUUAGUAUGUUUUGUUUAUUAGGGUGAAAUAUACGUAUAUCUUCAUCAUUAUGUAUUUCUUAUCAUAGGGUUCGCAACGUUUCCAUUUAUCAUUCGAGGUAUCAGUGUCAGAUCUAAACUGGUAGAAAUAAUAAUUAAAAUAAGACUAUGCACUUCAUUGUUUUUCCUUCUCAUAAAUGUAUUGUAUUUUUAAAGAAAUAUUUUUAAUGAAACCAUAUUUAUCAUUGUGUUAGCCUGUUAAAAUUGUUCAUAUUAUUUACAUCAUUGGUGUCAAAGAUUUUUUGAAUUAAUUGUCUACUGGAAAGGGUAUUUCUCUUCUUACUCUUUCAAAAAAUCACUGUAUUAUUUCUAAAUUAAAAAGAAAUCAUUUAAGAUUGUAACAAAAUCACAUUAAAUAUUAAAAUGUAUUUUAAUAAAAUUAAUUUACUCAUUAAAAUUUUACUCAGAUUAUGUUGCUAAAAUUCACUCACUUUCGACAAUUCUUCCGUUAUUUAUAUGAAUUUAAAUUAUUGUUACCUCUAAACUGAAACUACGCAAUCUUCUGAAGAGCCUAUUUAUUUUUGUGAAGGAAAAUCAAUAAAGAAACUGUCAUGAAGUA